AUGUCUCAGCGGGUGGGAAAUACGACGCUCGCGUUCGCGCGCGUCUGGCACCACGUCGAUGCGCGCGAGCGUGUGCUAGGUGGACUCGCGCGCUCUAUUGCCGUCACACUCAUGGGCAAGAACAAGCCCGUGUACGAUCCGUCCAGAGACGUAGGCGACUAUGUCGUCGUCACGAACGCCGAGCACAUCACCGUGACGGGCCAAAAGGCCGACAAGAAGCUGUACCGGCACCACACCAUGUACCCAGGUGGUCUCAAAGAAAUUCCAUUCAAGACCAUGAUGCAGACGAAGCCCGAGCAGAUCCUCCGCCGCGCCGUCUCUGGCAUGCUGCCGAAGAACAAGCUGCGUGACCGGCGUCUCGAGCGCCUCAAGAUCUAUCCCAACGACGCGCAUCCCUACGAGGCGAAUAUCAUCAAGCGCUACUAA